CAAACUUAAUUGAAACACGUAGUAGCAAUAUUUUGUUUUAUUGCCUUUAAAUCUGUGAUUUAGUUCGAUUCAUCCUCUCUUAAGCAACCGGCAUAAGUUAUUUAUUUUCUAUCGUCGUGUUCAUUUAGCUAGCACAUCAAUAGCGCCCUUGUUCGAUCGAUUUUAAAUGAUAUUUUAAACGUUUGCGCCGUACGGAGGAAGAUGUUAGCAAUAAUCAUCUACGCACGCGUGCUGCGGCACGCGCUACCGGAGUUGUACGUAAAUGAACCACUUUAGAAAAGAAACCCAAACCUGCCUUAGUAAAUCACCGACAUACGUUGUGCAACGUUGCAUCCAUCCCAUCCAUUAUUGGAAUGAUAAUUAACAUAAAAAGCGGGGCGGCAAUUGCGGUGCUGUGGCGAUGCGAAACCUCUUCUCUCACAAACCACUCGUAGCGAUAGCGGGUUGGUCAUUAGCCCUGCACGACCUUUGUUAUUAGGAACCCCUUUGGGGCCGAUAAUAGCCCGCUCCAAUUCCAAUCCCACAAACACCGGACUACAGUUCGAUGUUUGACGAGCUGCCUAUCUAACCAGUCCAACCACUCGAGCUACUAAGCUGAUAUUAAGUGAUUACUCGGGUUAAUAACACUACCACUGACAACUACUUGCACUACCUGUUGCACGGAAUUCUAAACACAGCAGCGCUCCUAUGAGUGUGAGGGAGAGGGGAGCAGGGGUUUCGAUCAAUUGCCUAGUUAUAGUAAGCAAACUAAUUAUCACACCUAGUUGAAGAAGAGACAACAACCUAGAGACUGAUCUUUGUAUGUUUUAGAACCCUAGCCUAGGAAACGCGAACUAUUACGCUAUUAAUCAAAAAACAAUUGGCAGGAUGAUGGCCCACGGUCUUACUGUAAUACCUUUUUGUAACGUUUGCUCUGCUAUCCCAUUUCUAUUUACUCGCGUAACGUUUUGUACGAGUCGAAUGUGCGGAUGUGUGCAACUGUACAUUGUCCCCUCUCGUCGCUCGUCGCUGGUCGCUACAAGUGUACUCUCCUAGCCGUAGGUUGUUUUUGAGGUAUGAUCUCGAAUCGCGCGCGUGGAAUCGUAGCCGUAGGAGUCGUCAAUGGGACACAGCAAACAGGGUAGACUUUAAGUCGAUUGCAGAUACCUACCUAUUACGAAUACUACUUCUUACUUAUUAUAUCGUUCAAUGUCGCUCUGUACAUAGAUUGUAUUCCGGGGUUCGCUCGGUGGUUCAGGUUUCAGAUGACUCCUCGCGGGAGAUAGGUAUCCUUCUGAUUGCCCCGAGCGACCGUUCGCUGCCGAACGGAACAAGUGAAAGAAGGAUGGAAAUGUAAAUCAAAACAAGUCGUUAUCAACCUGUUACGUUUUAGUCUUCUUUUUAUGGAAAGUUGAAAAUAUAAUCAAAAUCACCGAA